AUGUCUCAAUACCCGCAAUAUUCAUCUGAACCACCAAAGUCGAAUCCAGACACCCGUCCUCUACCCGACGGUUGGAUCACGCAGUGGGAUCCAAACUACAAGGCCUGGUUUUAUGUUAAUACCAGGGAGAGUCCACCAAGGAGCGUCUGGGUCCAUCCCGCUGGACCUCCGGGAUCCCCGCAACCUCAACAGUAUUCUGCACCAUCUGGGGCUCCUCCAUCCAACGGUCCUCAGGAGAAGGGAGGAAGUGCCAACGACUAUUAUCAGGGCUCGUCAUCCCCAUAUCCUCAGGGCUCGUCACCAUAUCCUCAGGGACCGUCUCCAUACCCCCAGCAAGGACAGUCGCCGUAUCCUCAACAGGGAUACAACCAACCAAAUCCAUCCAACAACAAGGGCCACUUGGUGGUGCAAUCGGUGGAGCAGCUGCCGGAGCUAUUUAGUCACGGAAAGAAGCCAAGUGGCUCGCACGGAUACGGAGGUCACUCCCAGCCGUUUUAUGGUGGCCAACCUGGCUACGGUGGCGGAUAUGGUCCCGGCCCGGGUUAUGGUGGCUAUGGCCAGCCACAGGUCGUCUAUCAGCAGGGACCCAAGAAGUCGAAUAUGGGCCGAAAUGCCGCACUCGCGGGUGGUGCCGGUCUCCUAGGUGGUCUUCUCGUCGCAGAUGCCAUUGGCGAUGCAUACGAGGACGGUUAUGACCAAGGUUAUGAUGGAGGAGACUUUGAUGGUGGCGAUUUCGGUGGAGAUUUCUAG